AUGGUAAACACUUUCUGUAAAAGAGUUUCAUCUACAAUUCCAAGGAUUCUGAAUUGGAGCAACACCAUUGUGACCAAAAAUCCAACUCUUCGAGACUUGAAGGGCAAGAUUUUUGAUUUGCCGUUGAACAAGAUCAAAAACAUAGGUCCUACUGAUGAAGAGAGGCAGAAGCUUCAACCUGAAGGUUUAUUUCUUGAUGAAUCUAUUGAUGACCGUGGUAUAUCGAAGAAAACAUUUGAGAGUGGUUCAUCUUCAAAGAAAUCUGAUUCAGAGGAUAUUGAUUUGAUGAAAUCUAAGUUGGAGAUGGUAAUUUUGAAUCAAGCAUCAUUGCCUGAAGACUUCAUAUCCUUGAGGUAUAUUGUUGAUUUUAAUUUCAAGUCUGUAAUGACUGUAAUUAAGGAUAUUCAGCAGAAGGUUAAUGCCAUCCAUCGUCGUCCUUCUGAUGAGGGAAAGUCAUCUGAUGAGUUAGUAACUCAAGAUUCUGAUGAUGAUGAUGAUGCUGAGGAUGAUGAGAAGGAACUGCCUGAUCCUGAAAAUAUUGAUUUCGACUCCGGUGAUGGUGAUGAGUUGGUUAAAGAUGGUGGUGAUGCUGAUGAUGCUAAUAAGGUUGUUAAUGAUGUUCCUCCUUCUGAUGUGAAUCCAUCUGAGGCUAUUGGAGGCAGUGAUGAGAGGGCUAAGGAUGUUGAGAAGCUUAAGCUUGAAAUUGAUGAUGAUCAAGUUGUGUUGGCUGGCUUAGAGGCUGUUCGUAAAAUCCAUGUCCCCCAACCCAAUCCAGAUGCUGUUGGUCAAAAGUUAGCUGCCAUUCAUACUGAUGAAGAAACUAAUGACACUGUUUGA